AUGACCCUUGAUGACGAGCACUCUGAUGGUUCAGUCAAUGGUAGAACCAAAGGGAGCCUCGAAAUCCAGAUUCCUCUCCUGUUGUCCUCGACCGACGACAAUUCCGACGACAAUGGGGAUCCUUCGAUAGCCUCAAAUCAGCCCGGUCGCCCUACGCCCCAGAGACAGUCUUCCCUCUCCCACCCUCGCCCAGACGGUACGCCGCGAACUACAAAUAGGGUGCGCUUUGAUCUGAUUGAAGGGCAAAAUGUACAACAUCCAGAAGAGUGGAUGGAAGAGGAGGACUAUCUCGAAUCUCCGAGCAAUAGCCAGCAUGCACCGCUGCUCACUGAUAUAACUCCCCCGGCCCAGUCACCAUUCCUCUCGGACUCCUUCCAGCCGGAGGAUUAUCUACCAGAUGCUCGGCCCAAGAGUGGUAUGCGCAGUGCUUUUAUGAACAUGGCCAACUCCAUCAUUGGUGCUGGAAUCAUUGGGCAACCGUAUGCCUUUAAGCAGGCUGGUCUUACAGUGGGAGUCAUCCUCCUUAUCGGGCUUACAAUUACGGUGGAUUGGACUAUACGUUUGAUUGUAAUCAACAGCAAGUUGUCAGGUGCGGAUUCGUUUCAAGCAACCAUGCAACACUGCUUUGGUAGCAGCGGACUUGUUGCAAUAUCGGUUGCGCAAUGGGCAUUUGCAUUUGGUGGCAUGAUUGCUUUUUGCAUUAUCGUGGGCGAUACAAUACCACAUGUUCUGGAAGCCUUGAUUCCUGGGUUGAGGGACCUACCUUUUUUGUGGCUCCUCACUGACCGGAGAGCGAUCAUAAUACUGUUCAUCUUGGGGAUUAGUUGGCCUCUGAGCUUAUAUCGAGACAUUGCAAAGCUUGCAAAAGCUUCGACACUCGCAUUGAUGAGUAUGCUCAUAAUCAUUGUGACCGUUGUCACACAGGGACCAUUCGUGGAUCCAGACCUCCGGGGCAGCGUCAGUGGAAUGUUAUUUGUCAAUGACGGCUUCUUUCAAGCCGUUGGAGUGAUCUCAUUUGCGUUUGUUUGCCACCAUAAUUCUUUACUUAUCUAUGGGUCCUUGAAGACCCCUACUCUGGAUCGAUUUGCGACCGUCACACACUAUAGCACAUUCAUCUCGCUCGUUGCUUGCCUCGUCAUGGCAUUGGCAGGGUUUCUCACUUUCGGCGACCGCACCAAGGGCAAUGUGCUCAACAACUUUCCGUCACAAGGCCAUAUCUUGAUUCAGAUUGCCCGCUUGUGUUUCGGCCUCAACAUGCUCACCACCCUUCCACUCGAGUGCUUUGUGUGUCGAGAGGUCAUGAACAACUAUUGGUUUCCCGAAGAACCGUACCAGCCGCACCGCCAUCUGAUCUUCAGCAGUGCUUUGGUAGUCAGCGCCAUGGGCGUAAGCCUUAUCACAUGUGACUUGGGGGCGGUCUUCGAAUUGAUAGGGGCUACGAGCGCUUGUGCACUUGCCUACAUAUUACCGCCUCUGUGCUAUAUCAAGCUAAGCACGAGAAGCUGGAGGACUAUUCCUGCGGUCCUCUGUAUGAUGUUUGGGGUCGCUGUCAUGACGGUGAGUUUGAUACUGGCUAUGAAGAAGAUUAUCAAAAACGAAGGAGAGCCACAACAGUGUUGA